CAGAAGUCUUUCUUGUUUAUUUUUCUUUAAAUGUACGGUUUGUUUGUGUGACGUGUAAAAGAAUUGGCAUGGAUGUUUCAUUUAGAACUAUUUUAAUAUUCUUUUUCAUUACAUCUAUAUCAUUUUUCACUAUAGCUAGCGAAACACCUUAUUAUGGCAUGUGUGCUAAUCCAACAUGUUCAGAACCCAUUGGGCAAGGCAUGGCUAUAUUGCGAUAUGCACCUGGUGAACAUGAUAGAAUGAAAAUUGAUGUAAAGCAAGUAUUUGACAUUUAUGUGAAAGAUUAUGGAGAAAAGAAACAUCUGCUAGGUAUUAUGAUCAAUGGUCAGAAAGGCUAUGUUCCAAAAAAUGUUGUACAAGAGCAGCGUAGUUUUGUGAAAGAUUUGGUUCCAGCUGUUGUAGAAUAUAUGUAUACUCAUACUGGAAAUCAAAAUCAAGGGGCUAAUCAGCUUCAUGUUUCAAUGUCUCGUCAGGAAGUUAUUCAUCAUGUCACACCUGAUUCAUACUCUCAUGAACAAAACUAUCAUUCUAAUAUUCCUUCAGAGAGUUAUCGGUAUCAUCCUGGCGGUAAUUGGGCUGGUGAAAGCUCUUAUGCAUCUCCCCAUGUUCAUGUGAUAAGUAGUCAUGUUGAAGCUACUGUGACUUCACAGACAUCAAAUGUUGCUCAACAACCCAAUUCUUGGGAAUCUACUAGUCAUAUUUAUAGUACACCAGAGAAUUCAGCUUCAUCUUAUUCUUCUGGUGUUCAGCAAGGUACAUACCAAAAUACUGCACCUCAUCAACAAUAUGCUGACUCUACAUAUACAAGUGGAAAUCAACAGCAAGCUACAUACCAAAAUAUUGCACCUGAAAAGUAUUCUCAAUCUGCAUAUCCCAAUGAAUAUCAAUCAUCUCAGUAUUCUAAUAAACUCCAAACAUCAUUUUCACCACAAGUGCAAAGUAAUAUGCAAUAUGCCCAAAAUUCUCAUAGUAAUCAAAUGUAUGCCAGUAAUACAGCAAAUAAUGAAGCACAAAAUUAUGUUCAUAGUCCACAGGUGGAAAGCUCUCAUUCAAGUUAUGCAGAUAAAAUUCAGUAUUCACCUGAUGGGUCAGUUUCAGCACAAUAUUCAAGUCAGUAUGUAGAUAAAGCAUCUUAUGAAUAUAUGUCUUCAUAUGCUUCACAAAAUGAAAGACCUCAAAUAGAUAUUUCAGGCACAAUUGCUGCUCUUAAGGCGCAAGGUUAUGAUGAAGGUGAAUUGAUAGCUUAUUUUCAUGGAGAAGGUGCAAAUCUCUACCCUAGUCAUUCACAUUCUGGACAAGGAGCACAAGGUACUUAUGGGCAAUCUAGUCAGUUAGAUUAUUCCAGUUCUGGACAAUCUAGUCAGUUAGGUUAUUCCAGUUCUGGGACUGAAGUGAAUCAAAAUUUUGGACAUCACCAUUCAACUGUACCAUCUCAGAUUGCAUCUUCAGAAGAAAAAGCUGAAUAUCCAUCAUCAAAUAAUCAAUUUUAUAGUAGUUCUCAGAUUCAACAACCACCAGCUGUUAAAGAAUCUUCUCAGCAGACAGCAUCUGAAGUUGUUCAGGAUAAUGAAGAAGGUGAUGAUAGUGGUGAAGUGUCAGAUAACGAAGCUGAAAGUGAAACCUCAGAUGAGAAUGAUUCUAAAGAGUUACCAUCUUCAUCAGUCGAGGAAGUGCCAAAUUCUCAGCAUUCUGGAAAACAAGUGAAUGCACCUUCACCAUUUCCACAGGAGGCACUGCAAUCAGUUAUUCAAAAAACAGUUGAACAGACUAGUAAUACUCAAGAUAUAAGUUCAGAAACUAUAACUGAAUCAAAAGUAUCUAAAGAAUAUCAUCAAAGUACUGCAUACCCUGAUUCUUCUCAAAGUAAUUUUAAUAAAGAUACACAGAAAACAAUUGUCAUGCCAGAUGUUGUAGUAAGUGAUGAGGUUUCCACUACUGAUAAAUUUAAAGAAUCAUCUAUACCUGAUUUUGUAAGCUCAUCAAAUUUAGCGCCAAAUAACACAGUGGAAGAUAAAGAGGAAACUAUAGAGGUGAUAGAUGUGACAAUUGAUGAUUCAACAAUUGGUGAUACUGAAAGUGAUUAUGACAAAAGUGGACUCUUUUUUGAUAAUGAAGAAGAAACAUUUCACCCUGAAAAUAUUAAUGAAACAGAUACAUCAUUAGAUAAAGAGCAAAACAGCGAUUUGGAGAAAAUAUUGAAUAUUUCUGAAUUGGGUGAAUCGGAACAGAAUGGAUAUUUAAAUGCAUAUCAGAUUCGUAACUUGAAAGGUGAACAAGAAAUUAAAGAUAGCCAGAACCCUGAAAUAUUAGAUGAAGAUGGAGGAAAUGUUUCUAGCUCUGAAUUUGAUUUCUAUGAUUAUAUUGAUAAUACCAUUGAGGUCAUUAGAUCAUUUGUUGAUGUUGUAUUAUCAUGGACUCCAGAACCACUUUAUUCAGUUCUUAUGGAUCUUGAAGGCAAGGGCAUCUCUCCUAGAGUUCCUGUUUUUACUGCACUAUGUGCUGUACCUUCUUUAAUCUUGAUUAUUGCAUUUUUUUGUUUACAGGAAAGAUCAAAUGAACAAAAACUAAUUGCACAACUUGCUUUUGCUGAAAAAAAUGUUUAUACUCUUUCUGCUGAAAAAAAUGUUCUCGAAGAAAAACUGGAAAAAGCAGAAGAAGAGCUUGAAUCAUGCAAAAGUACUUUAAAAAGUGAAAGAAAAUUUUAUGAUGAUUUAAAGGCAGAAGUUGUGAAUUUGAAUCAAGAGCUUGAGAAAAGUAAUCUCGAAUUAGAAACUAGAGUGGAGGAGAUCGAAACCUUAAAAAAACAGGAAACAGAGUUUGUUAAAUUGAUAAAUGAGCGUGAAAAAGCUCAUUUAGAACUUGUUGAAGAAAAAAAUCAAUUGAAUAAUCAGUUAAUUCUUCAGGAUGAAACAAUUUGUCAGCUAAAUGAUCAAUUAGAAGAAAAAGAGAAGGAAAUCAAGGAACUCCAAGAUGAGAAACUACGUUAUUCUAAAGCUAAUGAAGUUUAUGAAGAAAAGUUAACUCAAUUACAGCAAAACUGUAAUCAGUUGCUAAAAGAGGCAGAAAUUUGGAAUUUGAGGGUUAAUGAAUUAAAUACUAAAUUAAAUGAAGAAACACAGGCAAAACAACAGUUGGAAGAAUCUUUGAAAACCAAAGAUAGUGAGAUUGAAUCUCUAACAUUCUUGAUGGAGUCUUUUAAAUCUUUUGAAGAGCUCGAAGAUAGUGAUAGUGACGAAUAUAAAUCAAAACAAGAAAAACUACAAGGUCUUUUAAAAUCAGCUAAUAUAUCAAUAAGUCUUCAAAGACAAGAAGAAGAAAACAAACUCAUAAUGCAGAAAUUAGCAGAAGAAAAAAAUAAAAUAUUAGAUAUGGAAGUUGAAUUACUUGAAGCAAAAUCUGAAAUUGACAAAUUAAAAUUGAGUUAUAAUCAAGCUUUACAAGACAAAACUGAAGCUCAGACAAAAUUAACAGUUUUAACAAAUUACUUUAAGGACAAGGAAAUUCAAUUACAAAAGCAACUAGGAGCUCAAGAAGUGUUUAGAGAAAAAAGAGAAAAAGAUGCUGAUUCUGCUGAAAGAAGAAUUGUUUUAAUUGAACAGGAGAAUUCUAGUUAUAAAUCACAAGUUGCUAGUAUGAAACAGGAGAUGGAAGAAACAGAGAGGAAUUUGAAGAGCCAAAUUGCAGCACAGGAAAAGAAAGCUCAUGAAAAUUGGAUUGCUGCAAGAGCUGCUGAAAGAAAAUUAGAGGAUAUGAAACAAGAAGUUACGCAAUUACGUCAAAAAUUAACUUUAUUAGAAAGAGAGCAAGGAAAUAUUAUAAAUGCCUCUAGAGAUGAUAUAAUAAGGCCAAUUCCUCAAAGAAUCGCUGGGGUAAAUGAUGAAACAAUCAAUUCUCAAGAUAUAAACAACUCCAUGGAUGAACCACCUGGCAUGUAUCGAAUGCCAUUACCUCAUAUGAUGCUACCAGACAUGCCUCGUGAUCGACCACUGCCUCCCUUACCAUUGCCACCUCCACCAUUCGAGCCACCUCCCAUGUUUGCACCACCUCCAUUUGGUCCCUUUCCUCGAGACCCCAUGUUCAACUCAGAAUUCCGAGUUACUCCCCCAGAAUUCGCCAGAGGCCGAGCCUCGACUCCACCAAGGGGCCGCCAAUCAGCUAUCAAUGAUAAUGAUAUGGGACCUCGGCAGUCUUCGCCCUUGGGUGGUGAAUUGCGAGAAUCUCGCAAUUCUACACCCCCUCACUCCUUGCCAGAUUUUCAUGACAUUCCACCACAUAGACCUUUUUAUCCUCCUCCUAGAUUCCCAUUCCGACCACCCUUUAGAAGAGAAUUUGGCCAAGGGCCUCCUAGACCAGAUUAUCCAGGUGAAAAUUCUCAAGCUCGUGGAACUCAACAUUCAUCUAUGCCACCAGACAGUUGGGCUCCAUCUAAUUCAAGAGUUUGAAUCUUUAGAAUCUGUGAUUUUUUUUUCAAUUGGAUUGGAAAAGACGAGACAUCUGUGUGAAAAAGCAUGAAGCUUUUAUUUAAUUUUCUGAAAACCAAAACCACUCAUUAUGAGAGCAGUUCUAAAAGAAUAUAAGUAAGCUUUGUCUUGUGAAGAAAAGAGAUGAAGUACUUAAUUUAUUUUAUGUAAAUAAUGAAGAUAUUGGAUGUGUAUAUUUCAAAUAAAUUUCAUACAAUGUU